AUGUCUGCUUCGAUCAAAUUACCAGAUGACAUCAAAGAAUAUAUUGAUCCAAUCGAUCAAGUACAAAAAAAAAUCAGAAAAUUGGCCGAACUUAUUCGUAAUUCAAAUCAUGUGGUUAUGUUCACUGGUGCAGGUGUUUCGACCAGUGCUG